AUGCGGUAUCAUGUGAAUGGACAGCAGCAUGAGAAGCCAUCACACAGGUCCCCCAGAGAGCCGUGGCUGGGUGACACCAGGGUGGCCAGGGAAGUACUGGGAGGAGGACUGACCAUUGACACCCUACCAGACAACAUGACACACUUAGUGGAGGACGCUGGUAGGUAUUACACAUGGCGUAGUUUUGGCCCUGAUGACCAACGCACAGAUGAACUCUGGGUAGAUCUAAACGACCUAGAACAUGGCCAAGUCAGAAUGCAUGGCAUUUUGUCCAAUACACACAGACAGGCUGCGAAGGUUGCCCUCUCAUUUGACUUCCCCUUCUACGGACAUUAUUUGAGGCAGAUUACCAUAGCAACAGGAGGGUUUAUUUUCAUGGGAGAGGUCACACACCGCAUGCUGACAGCAACACAGUACAUCGCUCCCCUCAUGGCCAACUUUGACCCCAGCUUCUCCAAGGAGUCUACAGUGCAGUACCUGGACAAUGGUGAGGUGUUUGUGGUGCAGUGGGAGCGGGUGAGACUCCAUGGGAGGGAGGCAGAGGGGGCAUACACCUUCCAGGCUGCCCUGCACCUCACAGGGACCAUCACCUUCAGCUACAGAGAUAUACCUUUGCCAGUGGAGGUGAUAAGUUCUGCUGAGCACCAAGUGAAGGCAGGGUUGUCAGAUGCAUUCAUGGUGAACCUGCCUUCCCCUUCCCCUCAAUCCUCAGAUGCCCAACGUCGGCUCUACGAGUACCAUCGGGUGGACAUCGAUACAACUAAGAUCACCAACAACUCUGCCUUUGAGUUCACUGCAUUGCCUACCUGUCUGCAGCAUGACAGCUGUGAACUCUGCCUCUCGUCCAACCUAACCUCUGGCUGUACCUGGUGCAACGUCCUCCAGAGGUGCUCAGACGGAAUGGACAGACACAGGCAGGAGUGGCUGGACUACGCCUGUUCAGAAGAGGCCAAAGAUGUCACCUGUGAGGAUUAUUCCAAGGGGGGACCAGACAGCUCCAUUGACCCUUCAGUUCCCUCAGACUCUGAGGUCACCACUCCCCUGGGGCCCCUACCAGAAGGCCCUGCCACGGAGAAUGACACCAAACGUGUGAUUCUCUACAAUGGUAAAGACGUGAAGACAGGCCCUCCGAGACAACACGACGGGUCAGCUCACACAGGAGUUAUAGCAGGUGUAGUAGCUGCAUUGGUGCUACUGCUGGCUCUGACACUGCUGGCUCUUUACAUCAACUCUCAUCCUUCUGCUGCCUCACCACUCUACAUCCUACAGCGACGCAACAGCUACUGGCCAUCCAUGAAGUUCAGGAAGCAGGGAUUCCACUCCAGCUACGCAGAGGUGGAGGUCGAAGGUCACGAGAAGGAGGGAAUCAUGGAAGCUGGCCAGUGCUGA